ACACAAACAACGGUGUUGAAUGUUUGAAUCCGCAAGGGAAAAAAAAGCUUUGAAUGUUUGAUAGUAUAAAGAUGGAUUGUAGGUAUAAUAUACGUUUGUUCUUUAGGCAAAUACACUCUUAUUCUUUAGCCAAACUAUCAAAUAUGCCUUUCUGUUAACUAUCAAAUAUGCGCUUGUUUUUUAUUAAACAUGUCUCUCUACUAUUUUCUUACAUCAAAUACACCCUUGUUCUUUAGGGCAACCUAUCAAAUACGCAAUUCUGUUAACAUUUACAUCAAAAAAUCUGUCACCCACAGCUGAACUGUUGUUCAUACUAUCUGACCUCGUCAAAAUGGAAGAGAAAUGUCAGUUUUGCUACUCCAUUUUCUUUUCUAAAUCUGAUUAGAAUGAAAUUAUUGAGAAUAUUAAGCUACUGAAAAUAAAGUUUUUCAUAAAAAAGAAGUAGAAAGAAACACACCCAUAGUUAGGUACACCGUUACAGUCGAGGUUGAUAGUUCGGUAUAAUUUUUCAAAAAAAGUAGUUGACUUCAUAUGUAGCCUUAUGAAUUAAAAAUAUUUCAACCAUAAUUCCAUUUCAAUUUUGUUAAAGUACAUAGAGUUUAGCGAGUUAGGAGCGGCCUCUGGUUUUGUGUGUGUUAGAGUAUAGGAUCUAUAAAGUAGCACAUUUCUUAAUCACCAAUGGGGUUGAAUUGGGAAUUAAGAGAUUUAGGUUAAACAUUAAUUUUGUUUGAGAGUUAAUUGCAUGGUUUUAUUUAAAUGAAUGUAACUGCAUGGUAAAAAGUAAAAAACAUAACAAUAAUUUGGAGUAAUUUGGUGAAUAUUUGGAGUAAUUUUAACAUUACAAUAUCGGAUAUUUGCUUUAAAUAAAUCUUUAUAGUACAACUGAACUUGUAUUUUUAAAACUAUAGUAGAAGUUUAGUUUAUACUUAUAUCUUUUUUAUAAAAUGUCUUUAUGAUUUAUAUUGAACUUGUACUUUUAUAUUAUGGUAUAAAUUCAGUUUGUAAAAAAAAAUUUGGUACAAGCUGAACUUGUAGCAUAGUUGCGUAACACAAAGAUACAAAUUCUUUUAUCAUACAAACUGAACUUGUAGCUUUAAUGUCACAAGUACAAGUUCAAUUUGUAAAUAGCAUUUCUUACUAAAGUACACUCAUUAAGAAUUAUGGUACAAUACCUUGCCAAAACAAUUCAAUUCAUUCGAGAUCCAUGCAAAAGCAUAUUCUUACCAAGAGUACAAGUUCAAUUUGUAAAUAACAUUUCUUACUAAAGUACACUCAUUAAGAAUUAUGGUACAAUACCGUGCCAAAACAAUUCAACUCAUUCGAGAUCCAUGCAAAAGCAUUUUCUUACCAAGAGUACACACAGUUACCCUAAAUUUACCCUGUAUAUAGCAGUUCCAUCUCAGGGUCAUUCAAAUGAACAUACAUAGCACUCUGUCUUCCCCUGCUAACUUCAAUCUUCUUUUCCUUGUUCGUCUUCCAUGGCUAAUUACAGCAUUCUCUCUCGCGAAGAAUCCACGGGGGCCACCGCCGGCAGGGCUAUGAAGCCCAAAUCCCCCAUAGCUACCGAUUUGCUGGAAAUUCAUGGGUACAGGGGCAGCCUCCGAUCAUCGGAAAACAGGGGCACCCACUCUGUUUUCGUUCAGCUGGUGGCGGCCGUUACCUUUCUACUGAUCAUCAACAUUCCGGCAGCCGCCGCCGCCGUUCCGGCGGUGUUCAUCUUCGGAGAUUCAAUUGUCGAUACAGGGAACAACAACCACAUCGUCAGUGUCGCGAAGAGCGACUUCCCGCCUUACGGGAGAGACUUCCCCGGCGGGACAGCCACCGGAAGGUUCAGCAACGGAAGGAUCUUACCUGACUUCAUAGCCGGUGAAAUUUUUGGUGUCAAGAAUUUGUUGCCUCCUUACAAGGAUCCAACCUUGCAAAUGCAAGACCUCCUCACCGGCGUCUCGUUCGGUUCCGCGGGUGCUGGUUAUGACCCUCUCACCACCACAUUAACAACCGCUACGAACAUAAAGGAUCAGCUGGAGAUGUACAGAGAAUACAGGAGCAAGAUCAAUGCAAGCGCGGGGAAAGAAAGAGCAGACAAGAUCAUAUCCACAAGUCCACACAUCAUCGUGCUAGAGAGCAACGACGUCGGCAUCCGAAUCAGGCGAGCUCAAUACGACUCGAAUGCGUACACUGAUAUGCUCGUCGGAUUUGCUCUGGAUGUGAUCAAGGAACUCUACGGGCUCGGCGCAAGGAGAAUUGGGGUGGUGGGUGCGGCUCCAAUAGGCUGCGUUCCGCUCCAGAGGGUAGUUUUCGGUGGCGGGUUACUGGAGAGGAACUGCUCUGAAGAUUCGAAUGAAGCUGCUAAGCUCUUCAACUCCAAGCUCUCUCCCGCGGUUUCUUCGCUGAAUCGACAGCUUCCAGCAGGAGCGAAGGUCGUCUACUUCGACAUUUUCAGCCCUGUUCUGUCCCUCAUACAAAACCCAGCUCCACAUGGGUUUGAAGAGGUGACAAGAGGGUGCUGUGGGACUGGAAACGUUGAGCUUGGGAUCUUCUGUCUUGUUCCAGGUACCUGCACUGAUGCCACCAAGUACCUGUUCUGGGACAGUGUGCAUCCCGUCGAGAAAGCCGCCGGAAUCAUUGCCGGUCAGACCUUCGAUCCUGCAAGUUUGAGGACACUGUUGGGUUGAUUUUAUUAAGUAAGCUGCAACCAGUUGAGAGGAAGAAUAAGUUGAUGAUCUGAGUUCUUGUUGUUGGUAUGAAGUUACACUUGACGAUUAAUGGUUGGUGAAAUAAAGCAAUUUUCAGGUUGUAGUCGGACAUAUAAUCGGACGGGAUCGGGUACGGAUAGUGAAAGGAUUCGUAGAGACGGUUAUGUCGAGUUUUUUUAAGUAUAUUUUAAUACACAUAAAUAACAUGUCGUACUUUUUUUUAUAAGAGUGAUAUAGGUUUCAUUUUUGUGAUUAAAGUACUACUUAAGGAAUUUGAACUUGAGACCUCCGGGUUUUACGCUAGUAGUAUUACCAACCUGGGACCUCCACAUGCCGUACUUGGAUCCAACAUAUAAUGUAAAUUCACGUGCUUAUAUAAAAUCAAUAUUUAAACAUUCAACUUCGAAUUCCGAAGAUAGGGUUAGACAAAGAGGAAAAUCAGAAAAGAAACGUAUUUUGCAAACCAAAAGAAAAAAAUACCACCAUGUGACUUCCAAUAUGAUAACCUUGCAACGGGACGACCCGACAUAUAUGUGAUCCGUUUUUCUCAUCGACUACGGAUAAACCGACAGGUCAACCUUCGGGUUGACAACCUGAAAUAAACUUAUUCCAAACGUAGAGAGGGGGGGGGAGUCGGAGGCGCUAACUUGUGCAUAUAAAUUACACCACGUUUCCUCUACUGCAAUAAGAUAAUAAUAUCAGCGCCGUUGACUGAUUUCCGGGGAUUUUAUUCCAAAAUUUAGAUCCCAUUUUUUUCUGUCUCCCAAAUAUAAUAAAAUAGAAAGAACCAGAGCAUAGUUAUUUAACAAGUAAUGAGCUUUUCUCAUAUUGUCUGAAAUGAAAUUAUCUAUUAGUUCGAUUUUCGUAUCAUCUGAGAGUAAAUUUUCAACCAUUGUCAUAACUCAUAACUAACCCAUUAAAAGCUUCUUCUGUCAUUUUAAGAGACAUAGAAUUUUCAUAGCACAUAUAUGGCUUUUUCAAUCAAUAUACAAGAGAAUGUUGA